CACGCAUUUAAGAAGAUCUAACUCCCCUUGAUGUAUCACAUCUCCUUCUCUCUCUCUCACACGCUUCCUUGUCGCUCAUCCUUCACUUCUUCUUCUUCCUUUCUUUACUACCCACCACCCCUCCCCGACCUCAUCUGCUUAGCAUAUAGCAACAAUUCCCCCGGUGCUUAGUAGACCAUCAUCGUAUUGCUAAGCUACCUUACGACAAGCAAAUCGACCUCUCAUAAUUAACCAACCCGACGUCGACGACUUUAAGUCUCGUUCGCGAUGGCGGGAGGUGCCGUGGUCCAGGGGUCCACCGACCCUAACCGGGUCGAGGCUCCGGUUACACUCAAGGCCUACCUCAUGUGUGCCUUUGCCGCCUUCGGUGGUAUCUUCUUCGGAUACGACAGCGGUUAUAUCAACGGUGUCAUGGCAAUGCCUUAUUUCAUCAACCAAAUCGAGGGUCCCGGUGCUACUGAACUCAGUGGUGACCACAAGUCUCUCAUCACUUCGAUCCUGUCUGCUGGUACUUUCUUCGGUGCUCUUAUUGCUGGUGAUCUUGCCGAUUGGUAUGGUCGACGUACUACUAUUAUCGGCGGCUGUAUCAUUUUCCUUGUCGGUGUUGCUCUCCAGACUGCCUCGGCUGGCUUAGCUCUUAUUGUGGCGGGUCGUGUUGUUGCUGGUUUCGGUGUUGGUGCCGUUUCUGCAAUUCUGAUCCUGUACAUGUCUGAGAUUGCCCCUCGCAAAAUCCGUGGUGCCCUCGUCUCGGGUUAUCAGUUCUGCGUGACCAUCGGUCUGCUAUUAGCAUCGGCCGUCGACUACGGUACUCAAAACCGAAACGACAGUGGAUCUUACCGCAUUCCCAUCGCUCUCCAGAUGCUUUGGGCUCUCAUCCUCGGCAUCGGCCUCUUCGUCCUCCCGGAAUCCCCUCGAUACUUUGUGAAGAAGGGCCAGCUUGACAGGGCUGCCACGGUACUUGGGCGCCUACGCGGUCACUCCGUCGAGAGCGAGUACAUCCAGGACGAACUUGCUGAGAUCAUCGCGAACCAUGAGUAUGAGAUGUCGGUUUCCCCUGAGGGAGGAUACUGGAGCACCUGGACGACCUGCUUCCGCGGAUCCUUAUUCAAGAGCAGCAGCAACCUUAGGAGAACUAUACUAGGAACUUCUCUGCAGAUGAUGCAACAAUGGACCGGCGUUAAUUUUGUCUUCUAUUACGGAACUCAAUUUUUCAAACAACUCGGUACCAUUCAGAACCCAUUCUUAAUCUCCCUCAUCACCACACUCGUCAACGUCUGCUCGACCCCUAUCUCGUUCUGGAGCAUGGAAAGGGUCGGUCGCCGACCUCUACUCAUUUGGGGUGCCCUUGGAAUGGUUAUCUGCCAGUUUAUCGUUGCCAUUCUGGGCACAGUUACCCAAGCCGACGCCGCUGUUAAGACUAUGAUUGCUUUCAUCUGCAUCUAUAUCUUCUUCUUCGCCAGCACUUGGGGCCCUGGAGCUUGGGUUGUCAUCGGCGAGAUCUACCCGCUACCCAUGCGUGCCCGUGGUGUCACCCUCUCCACCGCCAGCAACUGGCUGUGGAACUGCAUCAUCGCCGUCAUCACCCCUUACAUGGUAGACGCGGACAAGGGCAACCUUGGUCCCAAGGUGUUCUAUGUCUGGGGCGGUCUCUGCACUCUCUGCUUCGUCUACGCCUACUUCCUGGUUCCCGAGACCAAGGGCUUGACCCUAGAGCAGGUGGACCGCAUGUUGGAGGAGACCACGCCCAGGACAUCGGCCAAGUGGGUGCCUCACUCUACGUACGCUGCCGACAUGGGCUUCACCGACAAGGUCGCCGUGUCCAACGUCGAGCAUGCCACCAAGGAGGAAGUUUGAGCGUCAAGUAAUGAGACAAUGGCAUAAAGCGGCACGAGGGGGUGCUCUGGGUAUGAGUAUUUUACAUGAUCACUUUGACAUCCGCAUUAGCGUAUCGUAUAUUUAGUAUUAGCAAAACAUGAUAAUUCCAAACAAAGCAUUGAGCGAUUUAA